UGUACAAGAUGGAAACAGUAAUCGUACGUAUGUUUGCAUUUAAAUGCAAAGUUUCUUCUAAUGAAGGUUUACGUCAAUUGAAUGAAAGUUUCACGAAGCGUUAAAUGUAAGUUGUGUUUUCAUAUUCCAGAACGUUUAAAACAUCUGAUAAUUCUGUAGAUGCAAUAUGAUUGAAAAUAUUGAAAUGUAAUCAAUAUAUGUAACAACGUUUGCUUUUAUUCAAAGAACGAUCGUAUACAUUUGGUUUUAUAUUUUUCGAAAAACAACUGAAGGAGAGAAAAAACUGUUAUCAAAUUGAUUCAGAGCAGGAUUUCUACGAUGCAACUUAUUGUGCUGGAAGUUUCGUUGUUUUCGUUAUGGAUAUGUUGUGUAAAGACAAGAGUGUCCCUGGCGAAGAAACAAAUAAAUACAGGGUUUAUCAUUGACGAAGAAGACAAGUCAAGUGAAAGAGCCUACAGACUUGGAGUAGAAUUAUUACAGAUGGAUAAGAACACCAUAACAAUAAAAGAUUUCCUCAAUAAAACUAAUAUUGCUGACAGUUAUUCCUUCACAAAAUCAAUAUGUUUAUUACUCAUGGAAACCAUAUUUAGUAUCGUUACUGCAGCCGACGUCCGAUCUUAUGACGCCAUUGAAUCGUACAGCCAAGCCAUGCACGUGCCUGUCAUAAUAUACAAUGAUGUCCGAAAGCUCUUGAAGCCCAAUUAUAAAUAUCUUCUGCAUAUUGCCCCACCACAUUUGAAAGCUGUAGUAGAUUUCAUUAAACUACAUAAAUGGAGAACUGCUUUCUAUCUACAUGUUGAAAACGAUCCUCUGUGGCCUUGGCGAGUUUCAGAAAUAUUCACGUUAACUAAUGCGUCUGACAAAAUAAAUAUAAUACAACGACAUUUAGGAAAACUUAAUGAUUCUUAUGAACAGCUGCGGAUUUUAGAUAAAAUGGCGUUGUCACAUACAGAAAAGAUAUUUAUUUUAGAUAUACUGGAUCGACCAACAUUACAAUUAAUAUUAAAACAGAUAACAGAAUUAGGCAUGAACAGGGAAGGAUAUAAUUACAUAAUUGGUGGCAUGGAUAUCCAGGAAGUGGAACUAAAAAGUUUUGAACAUGGUGGAGCACGCAUAACAGGUUUCCAAUUAGUAGACAAAAAUGGAUAUAAAUCAAAAGUUUUAAUACCUUGGGAGAAAAGGACGAAAUCGGAGAUAAAGAAGGGCAUCAAGGCACCACCUUUCGAAAUGAAAGAUAUAUUUCUGUUGGACAGCUUUUGCUUUCUACAACAAGGCUUUGAGAAAAUAAAUCGAGAAAGUCCCGAUUUAGUACGGACGAGAACUGGUAUACAUUAUAAUACAAAUUCUUCAAAAGAAAUAGUGUGUCAUAAACAUAAAUUUCUUGAAAGAGGACCAAAAAUUUUAGAGUUUCUGAAGAACACAUCAGCACCGUGUCUUUCGGGAAAUGUACAAUUUGAUAAAAAUGGAUACCGAACAAAAUACAACUUUGAUGUCCAUUCUUUGUAUAAAAAGAAAUUAAAAAAGAUUGGAAAUUGGUCGUCUGAAACUGGAUACAACAAAGAUGUAAUUGAUGCUCUGAAAAAGAAACCAAAAGAACAUAAAGGCCCAUACGUAGUUACAUUAGUUGUGGAGGCUCCGUUUGUUAUAAAUAAGACAGAUAAAAAUGGGAAGGAAGUGUUUGAAGGGUUCUGUAUUGACAUGUUCAAUAAACUUGCCAAUAGUUCACAGCUUCAACUAGAUUAUGUAAUACGAAAGCGGAAUGAUACCAAAUAUGGAGCCUGGAAUAAGAAAACCAAAUCCUGGGAUGGUAUGAUAUCUGAACUUAUAGAAGGAGAGGCGGAUAUCGCUCUUGGUAGCAUAUCAAUCACUGAAGAAAGGGAGCACGUGGUUGAUUUUACAAAGCCAUUUAUGAAUACCGGAAUAAGUAUCAUGAUCAAAAGGCCAGAUAAACAAAAACCAAACAUACUAUCAUUCAAAGAGCCUUUUUCUAACAGUAUGUGGAUAUGUAUUAUGUGUGGAUUUGCUGGUGUUAGUCUUGUGUUGGUGUUGAUUGGACGCUUUAGUCCUUAUGAAUGGCAAAAUAAUUCAAAUACUGGCCCAUCAGAAGAUUUUAGUGUACUGAACUCUUUAUGGUCAUCAUUUGGCGCGUUACUUCAGCAAGGUUCAGAUUUUCUUCCAAGUUCAAUAUCUGGUCGCAUAGCUGAGUGUGCCUGGUGGUUUUUCACAUUAAUCAUAGUAUCAUCAUAUACAGCAAACUUAGCAGCUUUUCUAACAGUGGAAAAACUUAAUAUACCAAUUAACUCUGCAGAUGACUUAGCAAAACAGUCCAAAAUAAAGUAUGGUAUCUCGAAGGGUGGUUCUACAGAAAAGUUUUUCAGUACUUCAAAUGUCUCAGUUUAUAAACAGAUGUGGGAAUUUAUGGAGGCAACAUCACAAACUGCCUUUGUAAACGGCAACCUAGAUGGUUGGAACAAAGUGUUAGAAGGAAAAGGGGAAUAUGCAUUUUUGCUGGAAUCAACUAGCAACGAUUAUCGAAAUCAGCAAAAACCAUGUAAAACGAUGAAAGUUGGUCAUAAUCUCAAUCAAUAUGGCAUAGGCAUUGCAACCAAACAAGGAAGUGAAUUAAGCCGAAAGUUAAAUUUAGCUUUACUGGAAAUAAUAGAAAAAGGUGAACUGAUUAAUUUAAAACAGAGAUGGUGGUACGAUAAAGGACAGUGUGGUCAAUCAACAGCAUCAGUAGGAAAGAAAUCUUUAUCGCUUAGCAAUGUUGCUGGAACUUUUCACAUAGUGAUUGGAGGUCUGGUGAUAGCAAUGAUUUUCUCAGCAUUAGAAUUUCUCUUUCACCAUAAGAAGAAUCAACGAAAACAGAGCAAGGUUAUUAAAACAAAUUUAAUAACAGACUUGACGGAUAUUGGACAUGUCAACAUGGAACGGAAAAACGAUGAAACGAAACCAUUAAAAUCACCUAACAUAAAUGGUGCAAAUGACAAUAAAGGACAUCCAUGCCUUUGUCGGGGUAUGCUAACUGUAUUUAAAGAACAGAAUAAUUCGUAUCAAACAACAACAACAUCACCUGCAAACCUUAUUAUGUUCGACUCGAUCACAGAAAAUGGAUCCACAAUGCUUUGACCAGAAACAUUCGAGCAUAUGAAAGAAAUAUAAAGGGUCAUCCAUUUGAAGACUGAAUCUGUUAAUCAACUUUAAACUUUGAUUGGUUAUUGAUAAUCAGAUGUAACGGGUGAUUUGUAUGUAACACUGUAUAAACAAUUCAUAUUUGGUCUUCACAACAACUAUGCUUAUCUAUGUGCACGAAGAUUCAGUUCAUCAAAAUAUUUGAAAGUUAUAAUUUAUUGCUGACGUAGCACAGCUUAAC